GGCCCGCUGUGAGGAGCUCCGCGCUCGCGCCGCCGCCCGCCGCCGCCCUCUGCUCCCGCGCCCGGGCACUUGGGCUCAGCUCCUCGCGGGAACCCAUUGUAAGGGCGAGUAGAUCCUAUGGAAAAUGGCCUUCAGUGAUCUUACAUCGAGGACCGUGCGUCUUUAUGGUAAUUGGAUCAAAGAUGCUGAUCCAAGAGUUGAAGACUGGCUCCUCAUGUCCUCGCCUCUGCCACAAACCAUCAUCCUGGGACUCUAUGUCUAUUUUGUCACAUCCCUGGGACCAAAGCUCAUGGAGAAUCGAAAGCCCUUUGAACUCAAGAAAGCGAUGAUAACGUACAAUUUUUUCAUAGUACUCUUUUCUGUGUAUAUGUGUUAUGAGUUUGUGAUGUCUGGCUGGGGUACAGGUUAUUCCUUUCGAUGUGAAAUUGUUGACUAUUCACGCUCGCCUACAGCAUUGAGGAUGGCACGCACCUGCUGGCUUUAUUACUUCUCCAAAUUUAUUGAGCUCUUAGAUACUAUCUUUUUUGUUCUGCGUAAGAAAAGUAGUCAAGUGACUUUCCUGCAUGUCUUCCAUCAUACCAUCAUGCCAUGGACCUGGUGGUUUGGAGUCAAAUUUGCUGCAGGUGGUUUGGGAACAUUCCAUGCCUUUCUAAAUACAGCUGUACAUGUAGUCAUGUAUUCCUACUAUGGACUGUGUGCAUUGGGACCAGCCUACCAGAAGUAUUUGUGGUGGAAAAAGUAUUUGACAUCAUUACAGCUUGUCCAGUUCGUUAUUGUCACUGUACACAUAGGCCAGUUCUUUUUCAUGGAGGAUUGCAAGUACCAGUUUCCAGUCUUUCUGUACAUCAUUGUGAGUUACGGGUGCAUCUUUCUGCUUCUCUUUCUCCAUUUUUGGUACCGUGCUUACACCAAAGGUCAGAGGCUACCCAAAACAGUGAAAAAUGGAAUCUGCAAAAACAAAGAUCACUGAAAUUCAAGCACAGCAUCAAUCUAUGAAUAAGACUGAUAACCUUGUCUUCCUUGACAAUCAAGAGAUAUUUCCAUGUGCAGUGCAUUUUGUAUAUUUUUCAAAAUCAAGAGCUUGUAUUUUUAUGAUAAGUUAUUCGGGUUUCUGAUAUUUGAGAGCCCAAAGCUCCCAGAUAACAGUCUUCUGAUAAUUAGAGCCUAAAGCAGCCCGUUUUUCAGCUGCUUUUAAACCUAAUCUAAAGGUUUUAUUUAACACAUUUUGUUAGAUUGAAAGAAGGAUGUGAAACAGUAGAGUACUCUUCAAAGAAGUCCAGUAUAAAUGAAAAAUAUCAUUAGAUAUUUUGAGCACGGACAGAGAUCCAUGCCAUACAGUAGAUUCCUUCUGCCAGGUCUGGAAACCUUUAACUGUGGGCUCUGGCUUUGUUGCUUGUUAACUAUAUUCAGAAGACAGUGUAUUUACUCUAAACUUAAAUUCCCAUUCUAAAGAGCUAAUAGGGUGAAUGUUAAGUGUAUUUUUGAUCAGUUAUCAUUUAAAAUCACUAAUGGUAAUUUUUAAUGGAUCUCUUGAGUAGCCGGCACCAGUUUUGCUUGUAAGACUUCCUCACAACGCUUUUGUUGUAUAAUCUGUUUAAAAGUGACAAUCCUUUAGGGUAGUACAUGGAUGCACUUGAAACUAAGGUUAAGUUAUUAUUUUGAAAACAAGGUGAUUUGUUCUGAUGGCUUAAUGAACACUUUGCUAUUACCAUCUUGCAAUGAACUUUGUAUAUUUCAGGAACGAGG